UAGAAAUGUCCUCCCUCUCCCUCAGUACACAUAGUUAUGUUGAUUCGAGCUACCGCAAAAUCGCAUUUUCCAUCCUGUCAGUGGUGUUUCCUUCUCGCGCGCGAUCGCUUCGACCCGGCGAUCGAAAGAUCCCCGAUUUUCCGAUUAAUUAAUUUAUCGAUCUUCCGGGGGAAUUUAUCGAGUCGAUAGUGCGAUCUGCCGAUGCUUUUGGAAUUCUUCGACACUCGGCUGUGGUUUUGUUCCAGAAAUCAUGAGAUUUCCCGCCGUUGGCAGGCCGACACUUCAGGUUAUCAUGACGCUGCUGAUUGGCUCCUGCUUCAACAUGGCAUCCAGCGGUCAAAGCGCGGCGGGUCAAAGGGGACCGUCUCUCAUUCUCGAUGGCAUCAAUAAUGUUGCUAAUAGUGCUACUAAUUUCAUAACUGGAGUCGUCCAACGCCAGAAGGAAAUACUUCAUCACGUUGCAGACUCUGCUACGGAUUAUGUGGUGAAUGCAGUGGAAAAGCCCCGCAAUCUCCUAAUGAACACAGCUCUGAUGACCACUAAUUACAUCGACAGUGCAGCGUCAAUUGGACUUGAUUUUAAACUUAGGAGAUUGCUGGAGAAGUUUCGCACUCGCAUGGCCCAUGGAUUUCCAGAAUUUGGAAUACCGAUACUGGAGCCAGUGCGAAUUGACGAAGUUUACUACGAAACCCACAAUCCGGAGAUUGGCGAAUUGAAAAUACUUCUGGACAACAUGACGAUUUCGGGGAUAACGUCGUUCGCGGUGGACCGAGCGAGACUGUCGCUGAUUGGCCCGUCGAUAGCGAUGAACCUGACCUUUCCCAAGUUGUACAUGGAGGGGGACUACAGGCUCUCCGGAGUGCUGGGUGACAUGUUCACCAUCCACGGGGAGGGCCCCGUCACAGCGACGAUUAGCGACUUGAGGGUUUACUUUGCUACGGUCCUGGGAUACUCGCGGGGAAUGUACCUCAAGAGUUUCGAUAUGGAUUUUACCAUAGGGCACAUUGAGAUAUAUCUGGGGAACCUCAUGGGGGAUGAGAAGGUCGGGAGGGUCAUGAACGAGGUGAUCCAGGAUGUCCUCCCUCACGCCCUGGAGAUAAUGAAACCGGACAUAGUGCCACGCAUUCAGGACUUCAUCGCGAGCCGAGUGAACGACACAAUUUAUCACUUAACAAUGAGGGACGUAUUGAGUUUUCUCAUCGGUGAGAGUGAAAUCCGGAAGUAUCCGCAUCUUCUGCACCCCCGAUAGAUUAAAAAAACCAAAUGUGAUUAAUUUAUUUCAACCAGUUUAUCGUUUAUUUCCCCGGACAUCGCGACUUAUCCUCUCGAUCUUAAUCGCUCUUACCUUAUCAUCGACGGAAGGAAAAAUUCAUUAUUUACGAUACCUCGCCAUCAUCGUCUGGUGGAUGUGAUGGUGAACGUCUCACUGACACGCGCACCCGUAAUUCGUUAGAGUGGUUUCGUCAAUGAUCCUGAACUGUGCAAAAAGUACAGAAAAACAAAAAAAAAAUCUAAAUGAAUUGGCUUUUAUUUUAUUUCUCGUGCGUAUGUUCGAUUCAAUUUAUGAAAUUGAGGGCAGAGCUGUGUCUCCCCAAAAUUGUUUGAGAAUUCUCGUCCGAAUGGGGAAGAAAUCGGGAGAAACCCCGAUAAAAUCGAUAAACAACGUUGAAAUAUAACUAAUUUAAGUAAUGAAACAAGUUUUGAAUAAAAAUGUUAUUAUUUUUUAA